CAAUUAUUUCUAGGUUUUAUCAAAAUUAAACAUUUGGCAUUUUUCGUCCACUACAUAAAAUUUUUGGCAACCGGACCAAUGGUCAUUGUUAUACUAGUGAAAUUAGCUCUUGUAGCUGGAACAGUAUGGCUUACUAAAGAAAUAGGUGUUUGGGAUGGCCCUGAUACGACAGCUGAAAUAUACGAGGGUGUUAAAUAUCAAAUAAAGCCUUUUGCAGAGGACCUCAAAGAAAGAUACUGCUCUAAGUAUUGUGGGACGAACAAGCCCACAAAGCCAUGGCGUGAAUCCUUUGUUGAUGCCUGGAAUGAUAGCAUAAAAGAAGGCUUUCUAACAGCCAACAGAUUACCCAAAUAUUGUUAUCGCUUUACAGAUGAUGUUCAGAAGACUAUUAAUCAGUUAUUUAAUGGCAACUCAAUGAAGUAGGCGAUCAUCAAGAUGGCAAAUU